AUGGAAAAAGACGUCUACGCCAAAAUAGUCUCCACGGGUGGACAGUCUUACCUGUCGAUUGGUUCUGACCUGGGCCUGAAGGAGGAGAACAUUUUUGCCCAAGUGACUGUUUUCGACGGUGACCAUGGUGACUGCAACCUCAUUGACUUGUAUGAGCCCACGAAGAUUGGACAGGGUGGCCGAAACGCUGCACAAUGGCGCCGCGUUCUCAUCGAUACCGGUUACAACCGAGCCGGCAAAGUCAUCGCCGAUGCUGUCGUGAAAGAGAUUAAGAGUCGUGCUGUGCCUCUCUUGCCCGAGGGAAUGGUCGACACACCUAGACUCCGGGAGAUGCAGAUCACACACUUUGACGAUGACCACAUCGGCAACGCAGGCUCCAUCAUGACCGGGCUGAAGUCCUCAUUCAAAGAAUGGCGCAAGAGCGACCGCAACUACAAGUGUGAUCUUGUCAUGAACAAAGUCCCCCACGCCUGGCCAACGUUGACGAUGGCGUUCUGGAAGGUCGAGGAGUCAAGCCCGCCGGGGGGGUUCAACCUCUUGUUUCGCGUCGACGGACUCUACGAGUGGAUGAGAGCCGUGGAAGAAGCAUCCUAUUCUGUGGACAUUGUAGUCAGGUUUCUAGAUACCAUUGUUAAUGGCCAGAAGAAACGGGGACCCAAUGAAUCGGGAUCUAGCACAGCGAAGUUUAAGAAACCGGACGAGCGCACGAGGAAGGGUGUUAAUUCGGACUGCCUCGAAAAACAGGCAUCUGAUUCAGGGGAAAUCGACACUGCGUUCCAAGUCUUCUCAGAAGCUCUCCCGGGCAAGCCUGCUACGUUUACGGACAAUGAGGGAGAUCGGUCAUACCUCGUUAAACUUGGCCUGACUCUCGCCCAGAUUCAGCUUCUGUUUGAGAACGUCACCAACGAUGACACCAAUAAACAUUGUCAGUUCUUGCUGGGGAUCCAUAUAAUCUCACAAGAGGACUGGUCUUUCGAACUCCCGCUCUUUGACAAGCUGCCGGUGAAUAGCAGACUGCCGUACAAGUUUGAAUUCGACUACAAUGCAAUUACGUCGGUUAUGAUAGCCCAGCUUGGACAGUUCAAGACGAUAAAGGAUACGAAAUGGUAUAAGGGAGCGACAGAUGCUUCAGCUGUUCCCCGCCAGUAUUUGAAAAACCCCGCGAGUGUUGAGGUCGCACCGCCGAGAAACAAGACUCACAAGCCCACGCUUUUCAAGUUGAUGACAGCGGUCCAAGAGAUCAACUCGGAAGUAGAUUAUGAACUGGUGAGACACAUCGAGCCGAAAAUUGGUCCCCGUCCGGAGCCGGGGACUCAAAAGCCGGCCGAAUGUGCAAUCCAAUACACAACAUCUCCCCAAGAUGAUAUCCAGAGGGAAGUGGUCAAACUCAUGCUCUACAAGGUAUACGCUGAGAAAGUCAAGAAAGUCAAGAAAGCGGACAAAGAUUCCUCCGACUUGGAGCUCAAGGACGCUUUGAUUAAUCGCGCCUCUGUCGUCACCGUAUUCUCUCGUUCGGACCUCAGAAUGCGGAUGCUCUUCACGGGCGACGCGUAUGAUCAGCCCUGCGAUCUCAGACGAACCACGGCCGCCUGGAGCGACCCGCGACCGGAGAAGAUCCAUCACUUUGAUGUGCUUAAGAUCCCGCACCACGGCUCCAACGUGACGGCGAAUAGCGAUUUCUACCAACAAUUCCGCGCAGAUGUGUAUCUCAUCUGCGGAUCGCACAAGCAUAGCAGUGCCAACCCCAGAUACUCCAGCAUCAAGGCCAUUGUCCAGGGAUUUAAAGGUAAAACGAGACCGAGUAACGAACCGUUCCGUCUAUUCUUCUCGGAUCCCAAUGCGGACCAGGAACAAAACGGCAACGAGAGCGCAAUCUGGAGAGUGCUAAAAUCACCGGAAUUGUGUCCUAUCGUGGCGGAGAAGCCCCGAUAUUACAAGGCGUACAAGCUAAAGUCGAGAGGGAACACCGAAAAGGAUGUUGCCAGGGGUUCAAUCCUGUUCUACAAGGAUACGAACGGCCACAUGAGGGAGAUAUGGAGCCAGGAUGAGUGGGAAGAGAUUACUUGA